AUGGUGACCAACAUGAGAUUCGAUGAAGAACCCAAUUAUUCAAAGCUUAUUUCUCUUUUUGAUGGCAGCAUAGCUCUUAAUGUGUCUCAGCGACCAAUCAGAACUGAUGGGGUAGCUAAGUUUGGUCAAAAAAGAGGAAGAUCACUUGUGGAGUUAGAAGAUGGUGGGCAGCCUAGGAAGAACGUUCGAUCAGGUAGUCCAGUCUCUCAGUGGAUCUCAGUAUUUAAUUACAGAUCAGCAAUGAAGCAGAGUUGCUGGUGCAUGCAAUGGCAGUGCCUUGGUGGUAAUGUCUCAAGGAAUGACUUCAAGAGGGAGCAUGAAGUGGAAUUGCUGCCAACUUCUUUAUAUAUGUAAAUAUGAACUAAAAGUACAAUUUUUGACAUGUGUAUAGAUUUUUGUAUUAUGUUUUAUAUUGAUUUUGUACUAAAUAUUUUAUUUUAGUUUGUAUUUUGCUUAUCUAUUUUAUAAAAAUUAAUUUUGAUAUUUUAUUAA